CAUUGAUAGGGCUUGUCUGCAGUGAAUACCCGCUUUGGGUGGCUAUAACCUGGCCCAACCUAAGCCACUGCGGCUGCCUCGCAAUCCUUCAGCUUGCACAGCCCCCUGCUGCCUUGCAAGACACGGGAUAUGAAGGCAAGACGUGACAACAUCAGCAACAUGACCUCCUUCGACCCCAUGUAUCAUGUUUGAGACUACUAACAGUAUACCUCAACACACUAUGGCCACCAGAGAAGAUAUUCAUAACGGAACUGCUACUACUCCUAGUACCGAAUCGGCUGGUGGUGGCACAUGCGAUACUACUACUAGUACUAGUAUCAACCCACCCAGCAACCCUUCGCCCGAGUGGUGGUACUUUUGCGACAGCUGCUCGCGCAAGGUCCCCAGACACGAGCCGCGAUACAACUGUCAAGCCUGCCAGGACUUCGACUACUGCGGGAAGUGCAUUGCCGACGCACCCCUGAUUCACCCGGGACACACCUUCGCUACCAUCGCCGCGCCCGAGCCGCCGCCGCUACCGGCCGAGGGUGCCGCACCCAAUGCCCCGGAGACAACAGGCGUCAGCGAGCCCUACCCAUGGGCACGAUGCCAGUCGUGCGCACCCGUCACGCAGGGCCUUCCGCUCUCCCAGUUCAUUCUCGAUCCGGAGAGACAACAACAACAACAACAAGAACAACCGGCCGAUGAUGAGACCCCGCCGCGUCAGUUGAUCAGCGCCGUGGGAUUCAAAUGGCCGCUACGUAUAUCGAGCCUCGUCGAAGCGACGCAGCGCGGCUGCGCCUUCUGCGCCUGGAUGCUGCACACCUUCUUCCGGGCGACCAACUUCGAGACGCUCUUGUACGAAGCGCAGAGUCCGUGGUAUGCGCGGCCGCUGGAGCACGACAAGGAGCGCAUGAGCCUGGUCGAGCACUGCAUGGGCACGCUGACGCGGCUGAAGGAUGACCGGUUCCGGUUCGACGUGUACCCGACCUGCUCCCGGAUGGGUAGUAGUAGUGCCAAGCCGUGGGACUUUGACAGGAUCAGGUUCGUCUUUUCCGAGGCUAACCUGGAGGUGCACGACAUGAAGGACCUGAAGGAGGCGCGGGUAUUCCAUUCGGCCGGUGUGAUUGCGGCGGAGCGGUAUGUGUAUGCUGCCAAGGGCGACCCAGCCUCAAAACACAUCACCACCCGCCCUCCCAACCCCUCCCCAGCCUCGGAGGAAGGCUUCUCCCAGAUCCGCGCCUGGCUCCAAGAAUGCGAAACCCACCACGGCAGCGCCUGCCGCCCCGCCUCUCCCGGUCCUUUACCUUCGCGCCUAAUCGACGUCUCACACGGCGACCACCUCCGCCUAUACCUCCCAACCCGCGACCACGAACCCAUCAUCCGCUACACGGCGUUAAGCUACGUCUGGGGCACCGACCCCCAACCGUUCCAAACCACCAUCGCCUCCCUCACUCCGCGCCUCUCUGAAUCCGGCUUCCCAUUGUCUUCCCUUCCACAGACCCUGCAAGACGCAGUACGGGUCACCCAGGCGCUGGGGAUCGCCUACCUGUGGGUGGACGCGCUGUGCAUCGUGCAGGACGACACCGCCGACAAGUACGCCGAGCUGGGCAAGAUGAGCGCCAUCUACCAGGGCGCGUUCGUGACGCUGGUCGCGGCGCGGGCGAGGGGCGUGGGCGAAGGGUUCUUGCAUCCCAGAGAUGGUAGUACUAGUAAGAGUAAGGACGAGAAGAAGAUGAAGAUGAAGAGUGAUGGUGGUGGUGGUGAUGAUGAUGAUGAUGGUGGUGGUGGUAAUGGAGAAGCGGGGUUGUUGUGGAAGGCGCUGGUUCCCCUGGAUUACCCGCUUGCUGACCCCAGCGCGAGGGAUCUGAAGGAGGCGAGGAGGUUGCCGAGGGCGGAGACGGGCACGUUGUAUCUCCUGGAAGAGGAGGUGAAUAUGGGGGGCGCGUGGAAGGAUCCCGUGGCGGAACGCGCGUGGUGUCUGCAGGAGCGGGUGCUGUCGCCGCGGUUGCUGAGCUAUGGCCGCUGGCCGACGUGGCGGUGCAAUAGGAUGGUGGCGAGCGACGGCGGGUAUUAUUCCGAGGAGGGCAAGGUCGGCGGGGAGGGGGAGAAGGCGGUGCGGAGGCUGACCCAGGCCAUGGUGGCGAAUUCCGGGUUGGAUAACGGCGGUGCAGGGUCGGUGUGGAUGGAUCACUUCCGGACCGCGCAGCUGCUGCAAACGUGGAGAAGCCUGGUGCAGGACUACACGCAGCGGAAGCUCACCGUGUCGUCGGACCGGCUGCCUGCCAUUGGAGGUAUUGCGAGGGAGCUGAGCAGGCUGACGGGCAUGGAGUAUCUGGCCGGGCUGUGGAAGGAGAACAUGCUGCAAGACCUGAUGUGGUAUGCUCGCACGCAGGAGUGGCGGACGAGGCCUGCGCCGGCUGAGGGGUUGCCCCCUGCGCCGACCUGGUCGUGGGCGGCCGUGGAAGCGCCAAUCCUGUGUGAUGCCGUGACCGCCGAUGCCACGCCCCUUGCCAAGGUGCUGGCUUGCAGUGUGCAAGCGAUCGAGGGAAAAUCAACCUUCGAUGUUGUCGGCGGAGGAACGGUGUCCAUCCACGGCCCGUUCGCGGAGCUGAAGAAGGAGGAUGUGGUGGGCCUGUUGAAGAGUCAGAACAAGUUCCCUGCACCUCCUAGCAGCAACGUGGUGCACGAGUGGUACAGGAUGCUAUUGCAGGAGAUGUGGACGCGACCGAAAGAACAGGUCUCGGUUGACGACCUUGACGAAGCUUUGCCGGAGAGAGUGUUCGGGCUCUUGUUGUUCGAGCGGGAUUGGACGCACGAUAUGCGUGACGAGGCUAGGCCCAAGGUGAUGGAGACCUGUUAUUUUGGACUGCUGCUGCGGCAGACGGAAUGUGGGAAAUAUGAGAGGAUCGGGGCAUUCUGGAAUGACACAUCUGAGUGGCUGGAUCAGACCGAGAAUUCCUGGGGAGAGAGGAGCGUCGUCUUGGUCUAGGUAAGAACGGCCUUACCUCGCGGUCCCUUAGAUGCGGAAAGCUCAGGUCACCAAUGACCAAAGUACGUAGCUAGUAGU